UUCCGGGGAAUGAUCUACUUCUGAGCAGCUGAAAGCAAUCAUUUUAAAUGAAAGCAUUUGUACUACAACUGGUUUUAAUUUACUCUAGUUGUAACUUCUGUCAGCUCAAGGAAAUCACCGUUAUCUAUCAGGUGAAGACUUAGCACAUAAAACUGACGUGUAAUCCACAGUAAAACACAAGACAUAAUGUCUACAUCAAGACAGCCAACAACAUCAAAACUGAGAGAUCUUUGUCUUUCUACAGUUCAGGGCUUCCUUGUCAGGCAAAGACUUAAGUUUCCUAUCUUUUUUGUAUUUAUUUAAAAAAAUGUUUUGACUGCUUUACAGUCUCCAAAUCAGAUUUUCCCCAUCUUUCUUUCUCAAACCCUACAGAACUCUAUGGAAGUGUAGGAAUAACCAAAACACAAUGUACUUGGCUUUCAAAGAGUAGUUGUGAGGUACUCCCCUUCCCUCCCCUGGGUAGGCGAGAACGAAGGAGAACGAACAAGUGACUAUUGUUAUGGUGCAACUUUAAAAGGCUUGGGAAUCAAAGGUGAUGCCUGUUAACAACUUCCUUAUGACUAAUGUGACUUCCUCUAAUAAACUUCUACACUCCUUUCCAGCCCCCACCCCCCACAUGGACUAUUAACCAGGGCGGGCAUUCUCGUCUCUUCAGUCAUGAACCCCACUAGAUGCCAGAGACAGUAUGAUGAUGCCUCGAUUCCAACAAAGAAGUGAGUCCGCGCGAUCUGCUCACACAGGGAUUCCGCGGAAGGAGGUCUGCCCAUGGAUGUUUCGGUAACGCCGUCCUCGCUCCGGAUGCAGAGCCCCGGCGGCUGCACGGAGCUCCGGCUGCCGGCAGGGGUCAGGCUCGCGCCGUCCUCCUGCCGCGGGCUGCGGCACGUGCCCGGGGACGGGCUGCACCUGCGGCUGCAGGCGCGGGCCGAGUGCCGCCCGGAACUGAUUUCAGUGUUUAAUCAAAGAUCACAAGCCCAAGAAUGUUGCACGUUUUAUUGCCAGUCCUGUGGUGAAGUCAUCGUAAGGGACAGGAAGCUCCUGAGAGUGCUCCCCCUGCCAGGCGAUAACUGGGGCGCUCUGGUUGACGAGUGGUGUUGUCAUCCUGACCCCUUUGCUAAUAAGCCACUUCAUCCACGAGAGAAUGACUGUUUCACCGGAGACUGUUUCUACCUGGUGAAUUUAAAGAGUGAUUUGUGGCGGCCAAGACCUAAAGAAGCCCCAGUGGAGACACACCAUCUUUCUUCUGAGAACCAUCUAAAAUUGAAACCAAAGGCAAAUACCAAAGUAAUUUGUAAGCGUUGCAAGGUAAUGUUGGGAGAGACUGUGUCAUCAGAAACCACUAAGUUUUAUAUGACGGAGAUAAUUAUUCUGCCAUCUGAAAGAAAUUUUCCCAUCAUACCAAGGUCUCAGUUUGUACAGAGCAUUAUCGCCCAGUGUAUGGUGGAACUGUCCUCUGCUAGAAGCACUUUUAGAUUCACUAUUCAAGGUCAUGAUGGCAAAGUAUACAUUCUGCUGUGGCUUUUAAACUCAGACAGUUUGGUGAUUGAAUCUUUGGGACAGUCCACAAGCAUCAAAAAAUUCCCUGUGUUGGAAGAUGUAUUGAAGGCCGAUUCCAAUUCCGCCUGGAAUGCAGUCAAGGUCCUCUACCAGCCAUGCAUCAAAAGCCGGAAUGCAGAUUUGUUUCAAAUGCUAAAGGACCAGAGAAUGAUCAACACUGAGUUUUUCGACAACUUCUCGUGUAUUUGUAAGAGGAUCCGCUUCAGUGACAGCUCUCAACUGGUCAUUGUCAACUUCCAACGACCGGCCACUGUGCUCCUUAUCUUCAAGGCUCUCGUCUCCUUUGCAGAACUUUUGAACCACUGCUGCACUGUGUGUUCGUUAGCAGUUCAUGGGCCAAAUGUAUUGUUGAUGUUGUGAGUUGUCUCUGCUGAGUUUACAACCCAUUUUGAACUGGAUUAAAAAAAAAAAAUCUCUCUUGUCUGCUUUUUGUCUAACACCAUUUCUGUAGUCUAAAAUAUAAAAUAAAUAGCAAACAAUGCCAUUAGCCAAAAAUCAUAAAGCAAGAAGUGUUCAUUAAAAUGAUGUAUAACAUAGCCGCAUUUA